UUUCGUUGACUGAUGAUGACAUUAUGAUUUCCUUUUUUGUUUAAAAAAAAACGAUAGUGUCGAAAGUUCACGUGGAUGUUUCGCGAAUGAGUAUUAUGGUUAAGUAUCGCGGCAAAAUAAGUCGAGAAUGCUUUUGUCGUCAACAACUGUCAGCGAAUAAUAACCUCUCAAGAGGAAAAUUAUCUUUCUGUUAAACUGAUGAUAUCAACAAUUAGUAUCCAUGUAACUACGUUGAAAAGAUAAUUCCAGUUGGUCAAUUAAUUUGAGAAGAGGUAUUUUACAAAGUUCUAAAAAAGUUCCCUUUUGAUGGACCGUCAAUUGUGGUUUGAAUCAGAACUAGGUCAUUAGAUGGCUAAUAUGGCAGAUGACAGGAAACAAGUUCAUAGAAUAUCGACAGAUAUGCGGCAGUCUGUGGAGAAAAUACUUGAUAAAAGUUACAAAACCAUGCAAGCGCAUAACUAUGAAAAAAGGGAGGAGACUUUUGUAUCGCAUACAACUGUGGAAGAAGCGCGAGAAAAUGCUCGUCAGUUGAUAAAAAAUGAGGAGAUACAAAAAUCCAAGGCUGAAAAAAAAGAGGCAAAAAAAAAGCGGCAAAGAGAAAGGAAACAAGCUGAAACAGGCACCGAUACUAUUGAGAAAAGGCCUACUUUGACAUUCAUGUCUAAUCAAAGUUCAAAUGGUAAUGCAAACGCUAAGAGCAGCAAACCAAAGUUUCCUGAACAGAGCGAAGAUGGAGCACAUUUUACGCGGGAUGAACAAGCUGAUGAUGAAUUUCUCGACAUGAAUGCGGCAUUUGUCAAAGUUGCCGUUAAGCACCACAAAAAUAUACCUAUCAACAAAACUCCGGUAUUAAGAUCUGAUAAAGUCAGUCCUCUGGCAGAGGAGGUAACAACUCCGAUGCCCAAGUUUGUGAAACCAAAAACAAGUAAAAUGAGUUUUAACUCAGCUGAAAAAUUGGCCCAGCAGUGUUUCGUCCUAGCCAUUAAAUAUAAUGACUUUCAUAGAGCUGUGAGCGGUUUCACUGAAGCAAUUUUCAUGAGUCCACAAGACGUUCGACAUUUUCUUAAUCGGAGCUACUGCUAUCUUAGACUUGGCCAAUAUUCCUUAGCUCUGGGGGAUGCUCAGAUCGCGAAAAAAAAUGCAGAAUCAGUACAAGAUGUUGCAAAAGCUCUUGCCCGUGAAGGGCAGGCCUUCAGCGGAUUGCACCGAUAUCAUGAAGCGGAAAAAUGUUUUGAAGAUAUUUUAAAGUUGGAACAAGGCCACGAAUGGAUAAUCAGAGAACUAAUUAUCGUUCGUGUCCUGCAGCUGACCGAUAUGGGUUUCAGUAAAUACCAUGCAUCAAUUGCUCUUCAACAAUGUACAACAGUUGACGAAGCGGUGACUCUAUUGACAUCGGGGAACAUUACUAGUCCGAAAUUAGAAACUAGCCUUAAUAUGGUUGAAAAUUGUAAUGGAGAUGAAGAAUAUUUUUCUGACGACGAAUCUAGUAGCGUGAUAUUACUAUCCAAACUAGUAACCUCCCUAACGGAACAAUCUAACUAUUUCAAAGUUUUUCCAUCUCAACCUCGAUACUCUAAAGCACAACUAUGUUUAGAAAAUUCGGAUGAGAGUUUGAGAGAUAGUGCCUCAAUAGAGUCCCUUACAUAUGAAAACAGUAUUUCGUCCAAUGGUGAUACUAAGAGAGGCUUGUCAAAUAAUUUGAAAAUUGUGGUCGGAAGUACCAAAACUCACCUGCCGAGAAUUGAAUCUGAAAAUAACACUAUUUGGGUCGGUAACGUCAACCAAAAUAUCACCGACCAAACGCUACAAAAAUUCUUUUCAAAGUUUGGCAGCAUAACGGGCAUUCGGAGGCUACCGUCAAAGUACUGCGUUUUUAUCAAUUUUCAUGGUAAAAAAGCUGUAACAAAAGCAUUGUAUUAUGCGGAGCGCUGUGAAAUCAAUGGAAUGAAACUGCUAGUGAAACCAGCUGAUAGGACCCAUGGCAAAAAGUAGAACAUUCGCGCUAUUUAUAAAAAAACACAAUUUAUGUAGUAGCAUCAACCAUUGCGGUGUCCAGCUGUUCAAAGUAGCUCUGAGAUACUUUAUUUUAUAUGACUUAUGAAUUGAAUUGCAAUCUCCUGCAAGAAUCAGCCGGUAGAAGACUGUUUUAUGCUAGUUACGCACUUCAACAAUCCUAAAUACGUUAUUUUCAUUUAGUUGAAUAUAAGAUGUGUUAUCUGCCAUGUGUUUAUCUUCGCGACAGACUCAUUUUAUUUUUUGUAUUGUGAAUGGUUUGUUCAUCUUUUUUUUUCUACUUUUGUACGUCAGUCAAUGGGAAUUUGCAUCGGCCGAAAUUCUUUAAGAACUAAAGUGUGGUUCAAAUUUAAUACUAACAAUGAUAAAUAUCCUAAGCGCUUCAAGAAACCAUAAGAUGUUCUCAGUAUUUGACGUAUUAUCAAUCUGAUAUGUAAUGUGAUAAUAAAACGUAAGUUUUAUAAUUCAAA